ACGAUGAGUAAGAGUGAGUUUGGGAGCCAUGGCGGCUUUUCUGCCGCAAGUGGAGCCAGUGGCAGCAAUGACGGACCCUCGCAGGGUGGCACAGCUCCUUUUCUGAGGGCACCAAGGGCCAGGGCUCGAAUCGAUACCAUUAUACCUUGUUGUGUGAACCAGCUGCUUACAGCCUCUCUGGUCGAAGAUGUUUUCAAGGUCAGGGGAAUAGUGGUCUCCCAGGUCUCUAUCGUGGGGAUCGUCAGGAAGGCGGAGAGGGCGCCAAGCUACAUUCUUUACAAGAUUGACGAUAUGACCACCAGGCCUAUCGACGCCCGCCACUGGCUGGGCAGAGGUAAAGCCAAGCAGGCGCUGGCUCCCUGUCCCGUGGGGGUGUAUGCUAAAGUGUUCGGUAUCCUCAGAGGCUCUGCGGAGGUGAAGAUCCUCGAGGUACUGCAGAUCCGCGCCCUGGAAGACAUGAACGAGUUCACCUCGCACAUCCUGGAAACGGUCAACGCGCACAUGAUGCUGGCUAAAGGCCAGGAGGCGGCCUCCGGGCAAGGGGCGCCCUCUGCUCCAGCGGAGGUGGGCUCGGCUCCCGAGUAUGGCGAGGUCCGCCCCGAGUUCAUUCAGGCGGAGGUGCUGCGUUUGAUUCACGAGUGUCCUCGCCGGGAAGGCAAGAGCAUGGGAGAGCUCCAGACCGAGCUCGGCAGCCUGAGCAUCCAGGCCAUCAAGGAAGCCCUCGAAUAUUUGAUGGUCGAGGGCCACAUCUACCCCACUGUGGAUGGAGAACAUUUUAAGUCUGCUGAUUGA